GCAUUUUCUAUCCCGAUCAAUUCAAUGGAUAGCUGGUUGUGUCGGAUACUUAGGGGGAAUAUGGAUAUCUGCUUAUUUUGACCAUCUUCCUUUUCCUUACUUCCCCAUCCAAAAUAUGCACGGCUGGAUUACGGGGUCAUGUGAUAUCCCUCUCCUCACCUCGUCUUGGCCGGGCUCACCUCGGUUACUUUCAUGGAGCCUUGGGAUAAAGCUCUUCCUCGAUCGGACCACGAAAGACCAAGGAUGUUGAUGUAUAUUUAACCUGAACAAUUGCAAUUCUUAUCCCUCCACCAAUUGCCUCUCGGGAUGACUGAAUAUCUACUGCUCCCAUCCUUUUGUUAAUCCCUCCUCGAAGAUUGCCGUGUUUGAUAUAGCUCAAGCCGAACAAAAUGUCAUCCAAAGCAUCCCCCCCGCUCAAGGGCAUCCGAGUCCUUGAGUUGGCCGGCCUAGCUCCAGCUCCUUUUGCCGGCCUCCUGCUAGCUGACUACGGCGCCUCCGUCCUACGCGUCGACCGCCCACAUCCACAAGCACACUCCAGCUCUCCAGAUGUCUUUCCCCCCGAGACUUCCGACUCUCUAACCCGACACAAAACCUCGAUAAGCCUCGAUCUCAAAUCCCCCGCGUCGCUCGCCGUUCUUCUCUCUCUGAUCUCCAACGCCGACAUCCUAAUCGACCCGUUCCGACCCGGCGUCCUCGAGAGACUCGGCCUAUCGCCCACAAAUGUCCUCCUCAAAAAGAACCCACGCCUCAUCGUCGCCCGCAUGACCGGUUUCCGCCGCGAUGGCAAGUACAAGGACAUGGCCGGCCAUGAUAUCAACUACAUCGCCGUCUCCGGCGUGCUCGGCCUACUGGGACGUGCCGGUGAACGGCCCUACGCACCAGGUAAUAUUGUCGGUGACUUUGCCGGCGGCGGCGCCAUGUGUUUUCUUGGCAUUUUGCUUGCGCUGCUCGCGCGCGAACGCACGGGGAAGGGCCAAGUGGUCGAGGCCAAUAUGGUAGAUGGCUCAGCCUAUCUAGCUACAUUCCCAAGGCUAUUGCAGAAGAGGCUUGUGUGGGGUGCCCCGCGCGGCCACAAUGUACUUGAUGGCGGAUGCCCUUACUAUGACACCUACGAGACGAAGGAUGCAGGCAAGUACUUUGCCGUCGGCGCGCUGGAGCCGCAGUUUUUUGCGGCGCUGUUGAAAGGGUUGGGGUUGAAGAUGGCGGAUAUUAUGCCGCCGGACUCGAGUGGAAUGCGCGAGGAUCCGAGCACGUGGGCGUAUAUGCGCGAAGUGUUUACGCGCAGAUUCAAGGAGAAGACGCGAAAGGAGUGGGAGGAUAUCUUUGAUGGAACAGAUGCGUGUGCUACGCCCGUGCUCGAGCAUGAGGAGAUGGAAGAAGGUGGAUAUGAACAGCGUUUGGCGGUGGGGUUGUCAGAGACGCCGGGUCUAACGUUUGGAAGUGAGGAGGGUGGUUGGUCGAGUGAUGGGUUGAGCCCGAGUAUGGGUGGAGAGGAGACAUUGGCGGAUUGGUGUGGGUGGGCUAGGGGUAGGGAGUAUGAGGUUAAAGAUGGGGCGUUGGUAAAGGUUGGGGGGUCGAAGUUGUGAUUGGAUUCUAUGGGCCUCCAACGUUACUACUUGAGGGAGACAAGGAAACUUGGUAUUAGCCUACUUAGUUUGUGUGUUUCUCUGUGAGGAUAUUAUUUUUGCCACAGAGAACGGGAGCCCACUAACUGCAUUUGCGGCGAGAAUAUUAGCUGUAUAAUAUGUAGAGGUGUGGAUUUGCGUUGUUGUAGCACUCUGUUGUCCAUACACUAUUCCUCCUUGGAUGACCGUUACACCUCGACAUCACCACGUAAACCCUACUGAAGUCUGCAUUAACUGACUUGCUCAACAUUGAAUAGAUAGAAUAAAAUCCAAUGAAAAAAACUAGCAAAAGCAACCCUCCACAAGUAGACGGUUGUCUCCAUAAUGCUAAUGCAGGAUACCAUCCGCUACACGCCCUUCUAUCCUUAGCCAACCCGCUUCUCACGUUCAAA